UGAACGGGGACGAUGCAGCAUUGCAGCAAAACUAUAAGCCCCGAGUCCUAACCCUAAAUUUCCUUACCCUGUCGUUUCCUCUCCUUUUUUACCCCCCCUCUUUUUCUGUUUCUCUUUCUCGCUCUUCCGGUGGGAUUGGAUCGUAUUGUCUUUUAGCAUUCCAAACGUCCCUUCGAACCGGAAGAGGAACUCUUCGACUCUUUCAGUUUGCGGUUUUCGGGAUCCGAUUCCGAUUGAACUUUUUUUUUUUGGAGUCUGUAAUAGCGUAGUGAAUCUUCGAGGUCUCUGUGUGAUUGGAAUUUGGGAUAUUGUUGACAAUUGGCCUACUUUUUGUGGUGAUUAGAUUCGUUAGUGGGGUUUUAGUCGUGAUAUUAGGAUUCUUUUCUCUUCGGUUUGAAGAAUUGUCAAGAAAUCAAGGGGUUUUCUACUUAGAUUGGAGUGUUUGGGGUGUUGGGUUCUGGGUUUUAUGUGUUUGUGAUUUAGGAUAUCAUUGUAUUUGUUUGGGGAUUUGAAAGAGGAGCUGAUCAGGCCGCCAAAGAAGCAACUUCGUGCUGCCAAUGCCAUUUCUGGAUUGGGCUUCCAAAAAAUUUUCAGUGAUUUUUUCCGGUACCGAAAAGGUCUCAGCUCAUUAUCAAUGUCUUGGGCUGGUCCUGAAGACAUUCUCCUAUCCACUUCUCUUGCUAGCUAUCUUGACAAAAAACUUUUAGUAUCGCUCCGAGAUGGUCGAAAACUCUUGGGGAUACUUCGUUCUUUUGAUCAAUUUGCCAACGCUGUUCUUGAGGGUGCAUGCGAGAGAGUUAUUGUUGGUGAACUUUAUUGUGACAUCCCUUUAGGCCUAUAUGUAAUUCGAGGGGAGAAUGUUGUUUUAAUUGGCGAGCUGGAUUUGGAGAGAGAGGAACUUCCGGCCCACAUGACUUGUGUAUCAGUGCCAGAAAUUAGAAGGGCACAAAAAGCUGAGAGAGAAGCUACAGACCUGAAAGGUUCAAUGAUGAAGAGAAUGGAGUUCCUUGAUUUGGAUUAGUACAGCUUCACCGUUCUCUCUCUCUCUCUCUCGACAAAACUUCUGUAACAUUUUCAAAGAAUGUGUCUGCCUACUUUUUCUUCUAAUCGAUUUGAUUUGCGAGUUCUUUCAGUUGUAGAGAUCUUUCAGAGGAUCCAACGCAGAAUCUGGGAACAUUAAGGAAUUAAAGAAGUGGUUUAAGGGAAAUAAAUAAUGUUUGAUCAAAAUAACUGAGAGGUUCAGGUGGAAGCUUUUGUUUUGUGAUUUGUUAUGAGAUUGUGAAUGGAUAUCCCCAUAUAUAUGUGGGCAAAGAAUUUGUCAAAUAAAAUGUGAGACGGAUAA